AUGUCAGAAAAGACCGACCAUAUACAAAGUGUUAAAGAACACGUCCAACCCCACGAAGACGAAACAGCUGCAUUCACUUCCUCAUCAGAUGCAUCUCCAUCAGUGACUAAUGAAAAGCAUCAACAAAAUGUCAUCCAAACAGCAUCUCUUGGCGAGGACGAUGCUGAAAUUAAGAAAUCCUCAUCAGAUGAGAUGAACUAUAUUGAUGAUUCACUUAAAGAAGAGGACGAAGGGAGAGAGCCAACUGAACACGAAGUUAAAACGUUGAGACAUGUUGCCGAUAAGAUCCCCAUGGCAGCCUGGUUAGUUGCUGUUGUUGAGUUGGCUGAGAGAUUCUCCUAUUAUGGAUUGUCAGCUCCUUUCCAAAACUAUAUGCAGCAUGGACCUAAUGAUCACCCCAAGGGGCAAUUGGCCUUGAAGCAACAAGGUGCUACUGCAUUGUCCUACUUCUUCCAAUUCUGGUGUUAUAUCACUCCAAUCUUGGGUGGUUGGGUUGCCGAUACCUAUUGGGGUAAGUACAAGACCCUUUUCGUGGCUUGUUUUGUUUACAUUAUUGGAAUUUUGAUCUUGUUUGUUACAUCUAUUCCAUCCAUCACCAGUAAGAAUACUGCUCUUGGUGGGUAUGUCACUUCUAUUAUCAUCAUUGGUAUUGGUACUGGUUUGAUUAAAUCUAAUGUGUCACCAUAUUUGGCUGAUCAAGUGCCUAAAAGAAAGCCAAGAAUUUCCGUUAGAAAGAAUGGUGAACGUGUCAUUGUUGACCCAAAUAUCACGGUGCAAAAUAUCUUUUUGUGGUUUUAUUUGAUGAUCAAUAUUGGUAGUUUGUCAGUUAUUGCCACCACUGAAUUAGAAGCUCAUGUUGGGUUCUGGGCCGCUUACUUAUUACCCUUCUGCUUCUUUUUCCUUGCUUUGGCUGCUUUGAUUGCUGGUAAGAAUAAAUCGGUUGAUAUUCCAGUUUCGGAAAAAAUCAUUAACAAAACUUUCAAAUGUGCUUGGGUUGGUUUAACCAAUGGAUUCAACCUUGACAAUGCUAAGCCUUCAGUUCACCCAGAAAAGGAAUACCCAUGGACCGACCAUUUCGUUGAAGAAGUUAGACGUGCUUUAUAUGCAUGUAAAGUUUUUGUCUUUUAUCCAGUUUACUGGGUUACUUAUGGACAAAUGUUGAACAAUUUUGUUUCUCAAGCUGGUCAAAUGAGAGCACAUGGGUUGCCCAAUGAUUUCUUGCAAGCGUUCGAUUCCAUCUGCAUCAUUAUCUUUAUCCCAAUCAUGGAAAGAUUUGUCUACCCAUUCCUUAGAAGAUUCACCCCUGUCAAACCAAUCACCAAAAUCUUUUUCGGAUUCAUGUUUGGAACUGGUGCUAUGAUUUACGCUGCCGUUUUACAACACUACAUCUAUAAAUCAGGUCCAUGUUACGACGACCCAGGUUCAUGUCCAAAUGGUAACAAUAUCCACAUUGCUUUGCAAACCCCAGCUUAUUGGUUGAUUGCCAUGUCGGAAAUUUUGGCCUCGGUCACCGGGUUGGAAUACGCCUACACCAAAGCCCCAGUUUCAAUGAAAUCAUUCAUUAUGGCUCUUUUCCUUGUCACCAACGCUUUUGGUUCCGCCAUUGGUAUUGCUUUGUCGCCAGUCAGUAAAGACCCCAAGAUGGUUUGGACAUACACUGGUUUGGCCGUGGCUUGUUUUAUUGGUGGAUGUUUGUUCUGGGUCAUUUACAAUAGUUAUAACUCCAAGGAAGAUUCUUGGAAUGAUUUGGAAUAUGAUAAUGAGUUGGAUGAAGCUGUUUUGAGACCAGUUCAUUCAUUGGCACAUUCUGUGAGAAGCAUUUAA